UACACGCAUUUGUUGUAUUAAGACUGUUUCGAUUAUGAUGUGUUACAGAUUAAUUUUCGUGUAUUUCCUUUUAACGAACCUCGUUUGCUUUAUUUUGGCAGGUGACCUGGGUUCUAAGAAACAGGAACGUAUAUUAAUAAGUGACUCGGACGCAAUGAACGCUCAACUUAUUACACUGGAGAGGAAGCUCAAUGCGAAGAUUUCAUCGAUAGAAGCUGAAAAUGCCCAGCUAAAAGUAAAAUUGGUAGCAAGCGAACAAAACAUAGGGAUAAUCACAAAAACUAUACAUAAUCAGUUUUCGUAUAAAGGUACUUCUUAUACACGAUGGGGAAGAAAUGAUUGUCCAAAUAAGAAUGGUACUCAACUGGUUUAUGCAGGUAUCGCAGGUGGGGGAAGCUAUGGUGAAACCGGAGGUGGUACUAACUACCUAUGUUUGCCACAUGAUCCCGAUCAAAGUCCCGCAGAUUUUCCUCAUGGGCUCGAAGGAAGUGGCUAUGUUGCACGUGUUUGGGGAGCCGAAUAUCAGUACUCCUUCGGUCAGGUCAAGGUUGAUGACGACGUUCCAUGCGCAGUAUGUCUCGAUACAACAACAGAAACGUCUGUGAUGAUUCCUGCAAAAACGUCAUGUCCAUCUCUCUGGAAAAGACAAUACAACGGAUUUCUAUGUGCCAAUUGGCAUGGUCAUUCUGGGGCUUCUGAAUAUGCAUGCAUUGACUAUGAUGGAGAAUAUAUUGAAGGAAAACGUGAAAAUCAAGAUGGAAAAUUGUUCUAUCCAGUUGUUUCAGAAUGUGGCUCAUUGCCCUGUCCACCUUAUGUAAACGCUAAAUAUAUGGUUUGUGUUGUUUGUUCAAAAUAA